GGAACUCCUACCGUUAGCUCAGGUGUGUUUCCGUUAUCGUAGCGUCAAGCGGAUAAAUCAAGAGUUUAAGAAUGUAUUGGCUUACAUUCAUGCUCCACUUGAUCGCGUGGUCAAUGACCCAAAUAUAACAUCGACCCAUUUUAGAAUGGAUACAAGAACAACAGUCGUCCUCACUUGUUGAGGAACUUCCAUUGUGCCAGAUAUCCAGAACCUAACGGUUGUUUCAACAUCCUGAUCUGCUAGACGUCUAGAAUCUACAGCUGAUAUUUCGAGCAUGUUGCUACAAGUUUUCAUGUUAAGUCAGAUAUGGUCUUAUGUGAAUGCAGACAUCAGACACUGCGACAAUAGCACCAGCCAGUACAGCGUUGAAGGCACCGACGUCAGCCUGUGUUGUUACCUGAGCGAGGCGGCCUGUAACGAGACGACAGACAAUGACACGUUGGUCCUGAGACCGUUGAACUCUGGCACCGGUUCCACCACCUUGGGGCAUGUGCGGGUGAGCACGUGCGCGGCACGACUGGACAUCACCAAUGUGACGUCAGAGUUCUACGAGUACACGUGUCUUAGAAACAACGUCUCGCUCAACAUCACAUACAUAGUCACACUUCCUCGGCCCCAGACACCUGUGAUACGAUCCAUCGUCUGCUCAGUGAACAAAGACAUGACCUUGACAUUCGACACCGGAAAGGCAGACAACUUCUCCACGUCAUACGUCAUAACUUUAAUCGAACCUAGAAGGACCUACAUACUGUGUAAUGGCAGUAUUCUAUCAGGAGAAACUGGGACGUGCAGGUACACAAACACGGACAUAUCAAACACUUUUAGGACAACAAAUUCAACAAUCUCCAUUGUGCUAGCUAGACCGAGCAUGAACAACAUCGUUGUUUCAACCGUGGUCAACAGUAGUGUUCUUCUGUAUCAUUAUGUCCAGCCAAGCCCAGCUGAAGGUUUGAGACUGUUGAACAUCAGCGCCACUGAAGCCGUCGUGAUGUGGCGACCGUCCGAUGCUCUCCGGGAUUUGAUCAAAUUUCUCAAUUUAUAUGGGUGUUCCUUGAUGUACCAGAUCCUACUGGAGAGUGGGCGGGAGACUAGACAGGCAGUUUUUAAGAAAUAUUUUGACAAUCAGCCACGAAAGUAUCAGUAUGUUGUCAUACGACUGGACAAUCUGACGUCAUUCACUGACUACAACUUGACCGUCACGGGCAGAUCGUGCUGGCAGAGCAGCGAGGCCAGACAGCUGCCCUUCACCACACUAAAGUCAGUUCCAACCAUAUCUCCAAAAAUCGAUGACUUCAGUUACGGCUGGCUGGAUCCCACAGACACGUCACAAAGUUCAAUCCCGAAACUCUGGGUCACGUGGGAGCCUCUGGCCCAGGAGGAGAAAGGCGACACUAACGUCACGUAUGACGUAACAAUCAAUGACAAGCAGACGCUGACGACAUCUCGAUCUUUCUUCGUCACACCAACGUCAGAGACUGGUCAGAUGAGAAUUCAAAUACGUGCAGUUAAUUCUAUUGGUCAGUCGGUUAACCAAUCGGUGAUAAUCAUCCCCCCAUAUACAGCCCGUGUAGGCCCCGGUGUGGUGGUCGACGUGGACGGCGACACGGCCAAUGUAUUUGUUAACAUCAGCAGCACGGAGGUCGUUGAUCUGAUCGCUAUACACUGGUGUGAAGGGGAUAGAACCGAGGAAAACCUGGACCUUUGUAAAGGCUACCCCCAGUCCCAGACUAAACAGCUGGUCUCUACCAACCUAGUGGACACAAACACGUAUUCCAUUCAAGUCACGCAACCCCCUGUAGACCAACAGGUAGAAAUUAACAGGGAGAUGGAUUAUUAUGAUAUUGAGAAUGUGUCUGAACUAGGAACAAACUCACCUCAGAAGGUGAACGUGAACAUCACGAUCCGACCCAGGCUACUCACAGCAGAGUACAACCAGUCAAGCAACUUCACGCAGGAGGGUGAGCAAUUAACAGGUGUCUACACAGCACAGUUUAGUGAGACACUGAGGUUCUACGUAUCUGUCAAGUCAGGUGGACUGUGGCGCGGGAUGACGUCAUCUGGUUGUUAUUUUAAUAGGGAUAAAGACCACAUUGAAGUGGUGUCGAAGUUGUUUGGUCAGGAUGGAACUACAAUGUUCAGGUUCCAGCAGAGAUGUGACCCCACGACCCCGGUACAGUUUAGGGCUGAGUACUUCGGUGUGUUUUCUGCAACAGACGAGAACUGUCGAGUCAACAGAGCGAAGAUCUGUAGCACCAGGAGCCGAACAUUCAACUACUCCCUGGUCCAGUUGCCACCUGACCUGCAGUACGUCUGUCUGGAAGCUUCCAACCAUGACAACAGUUCCAAGAAAAUGGUGGCGGUGACCGCUGUGGACAGCUACACAGGUGACGUAUCAGUUGACAACUUUAACAAGAAUUAUCUUUUUAUAAUUAUCGGCGUUGUUGCUUUCGUGAUAGCAGUCGUAAUACUUGGUUUUUUUAUAAGGCGAUGUUUCAAGAGAAGAAAGAAUUUUCAGGAUUUUCUUGGCUAUGAUUGUGAUUUCGAAGGUGGCCCGAGCUACACAGACAUCAGUGAAGCAGGGUACAGCUCCGGUACCCAACACUUCUAUUUCAUGGAUGAACUAUCUGGCACUGGGGAAACACACCUGAGUUCCACACCUGGUUCCUCUAACGCUGCCUCUAGCCCCAUACACUGCCAACCUGGUGAACUAUCUGCCACUGCGGAGUCACAUCUGGGUUCCACACCUGGUUACUCUAACGCUGGUGCCUGUAGCACAAUACACUCUCAACCUGGUGAACUAUCUGCCAUUAGGGAGCCACACCUGGGUUCUACGCCUGGUUAUUGUAACUCUGGUGCCUGUAGCACCACACACUGUCAAACUGACGAACUUUCAAACACUGCUGAUAGCCGACAGGUUGAGAUAGAGACUUCCAACUCGACUGAGACAGAAAACUGUACCAACACGACCAAUGGUUCGGCAGGAUGUGCCUGUGCUUGCAGUCAAAGCACCAGUGAUAUUAACUUCUACAUGACGGUGACUAAGACGUUAGGUUUAACUUUUGAUCCCAGCACACCAUCAACCAACACUGACAGCUCGCAACUACAUGAGAUGAGUGUAAUCGUUGAUCCCAGCACACCAUCAACCAACACCGAUCAAAACACACCAUCAACCAGCACCGAUAGUUCACAAUUAUAAGAGAUGAGUGUAAUCGUUGAUGUGAAUUCUGGGACUUCCAUAUUCGUAAAAUAGAAAGUCGACUGUUUUUGAUUAAACAGACAAUAUUUAUUUUCAAAUUGAGAAAUAAUUUAACUUCAGAAAUGUGAAUCCUGCCUCUGCAAUAUUAGGAUAAAAAUGUGUAGUGAUUUCGGAAGAGAGCAAUUUUAUUUUACAGCAACAUGGUAUGGUGAAUCGUGCUUAUGAUAUUUAAUCUAGUGAACGAAAUAACAAUAAUGAAACCCAUCGGGGGUGUUCUGCAGUACAACACAUCGUUAUUUAUAACACUCGACAGCAGUAUAAAAUGUAGGCAAGUUACAACACACGAUUUCCCCAUAGACCCACGUCAGAUAGAUACAGAGGUCCGUGCUUUGAUGUAUUGGCACUAGCCCAACCCCAGGUGCUGUAAGGGUAUGGAUAAACCCAUGCACACUAAAGAGAUCUUUCAACAUUCAUCAUAAUUCAUGUUCACAAAAAUGGCAAAGGGAUAUAAAUGUGGGUUUAAAUACUUCGCGACACACAUUGUUGGACAUGAUUGGCGUUUCAAAGUAUUUGGUCGGAAGGUCAAUGAAAGCUGUUGUCUCCACUCUCAUA